CUCUCUGUUGUUUGUAAAGCAAAGCUCUUUCUAAAGUGUGAUAAAAAUGGGUUUCUGGACUUUCCUAGUAGAAACCCUUCUCUUCUUAUUGUUAAGCUUUAGAGAAGAUGACAUUUGAGACUAGAACUUCUCACUUCUCAGAAAGCUACGACAUUUCCUACUCUCUAAAAACCCAUUUCCAACAGCAACAUUCCCCCAUUUGGGCACAACCCAUUUUCACAUAUUCCUCCAAGAAACAAACAAAAAAGAAAAAAAAUACUCGACCUUUUCACUUAUUCUAUCUACCCCAUUUUCAAAAGCAAGAAAAAGUCUCCAACUUUAGGAAGAGAAGAAAGAUGGGAUGUGUGGCAUCUAAGCUAGAGGAAGAAGAAGUGGUGUCCAUUUGUAGAGAGAGGAAAAACCAGCUAAAGCUUGCAGUGGAGAGAAGAUAUGUUCUUGCAGAAGCACAUUGGAGAUAUUCUCGCGCUCUUUUUGCAGUUUCAGCAGCCAUAAAGCUCUUUGUGGCUCGCCAUUCUUCUCCUCCUCAACCUUUCCUCAUUACCUUCCCACCACCUUGCUCUCCUUCUUCUUCUUCUUCCCCACCAAGGGAUGAAACCCAAAAUGUCAUGAUAAACAACCCCAUGUUCCUCCAACAAAUGCCAUCAGAGUCAGCUUGUGAAGCCAUUGACUGUGGGGACUCAUGCGCUUCUUCAGUAUCUUCCUCUGAAGAAGAGAGAGAAGAAGAAGAAGAAGAACAACAACAAUAUCAACAAGAAGUACGACAAGAAGAAAAUAUGAGAGAUGAACAGUUACACCCACAACAGCCAUGUGGGUAUUUUUACAUGCAAAUGCCACCUUCAAUGCCAUCACCACAGAGGGAUUUCGGGUGGGAUUUCUUCAACCCAUUUGACACCAUGAACAGGCCUGAGGUUAUGAGCGGUUAUAGGAGGAACUCUGAUGAGGAAGACCUGAGAGCCGUGAGGGAAGAGGAAGGGAUUCCGGAGCUGGAAGAGGAAGACAAUCCCAACAAGGUGGCUGUUGGGGAAGAAAGUGGUGAGAAAGAGAGAGAGAAAAGGAGUGAGAGUGAAGCUAAAACUGAAGUGAUGAAGGUUGAUGAGACUAGUGUGAGCCAGGUUGAGCAGAAAGGCUUAACGGUCAUUGACACACCAGUUGAAGGAAGAGAACUCUUGGAGGCGUUGAAGGAUGUUGAGGACUAUUUCGUUAAGGCUUAUGAUUCAGGGAAGGAUGUGUCAAGGAUGUUGGAGGUUAAUAUGGUGCAAAUACAGUCUGCUCUUGAAGAGAUAAAAGAGAACUCAACAAAACUCAUCCAGUCUAUAACAUGGCAUCGAUCCAUUUCUUCCAAGCCUUCAUCAUGUAAGAGUCUCGUUGCGUCAAGCUCCAAGAGUUCCUCAACAUGGACAGAAUUUAAGAAUGAGCUUUUUGAUGAUUUUGGAGGAAUGGAUUCUGGAAGCCAUUCACUCACGUUAGGAAGGCUAUACGCCUGGGAAAAGAAGCUCUAUGAAGAAGUUAAGGCUGGAGAUAGCACACGGAAACUUUAUGAGAAAAAAUGUUCACGAUUAAGAAACCAGGAUAUCAGAGGAGAUGAUGAACUUACCAUGGACAAAACCAGAGCUGCUGUAAAAGAUUUGUAUGCCAGAAUCCUGGUCACAAUUAGGAGUGCGGAAUCGAUCUCAAGAAGGAUUGAGAAGCUAAGAGACGAUGAACUGCAGCCCCAAAUUGUAGAACUGUUAAAAGGCUUAACACGAACAUGGAAGAUAAUGCUGGAAGCGCAUGAAACACAGAACAAGAUUAUGUUUGAAGUGAAAACUUUCACGUGCCCCACAUUUGGAAAAUUCUGCAACGAAUCUCACUGUAUUGCAACGGCGCAGCUCCAGGCUGAGCUUCAUAACUGGCGUCUCUGCUUUACGGAGUAUGUUGCAGCGCAAAAGGCGUACGUUGAAGCUCUUCAUGGUUGGCUAACCAAGUUCAUAGUUCCCGAAGUUGAGUUCUACUCUAGGGGCAAGGGCUCGCCGGCAUCAUGUCGAGUCAAUGGCCCACCAUUGCUUUUGAUAUGCCAUGACUGGUUAGCUUCCAUGGAGAAUUUGCCAGCAAAGACAGUGGCCUCUGCGUUGAAAAGCUUUGCAAAAGAUGUGAAGGCUCUGUGGGUUCAGCAAGGGGAGGAACAGCUACAAAAGAGGAAAGUUGAUAGUCUGGCCAAAGAGCUUGACAAAAGAACUCGUACAUUACAGAAAACAGAGAGCAGAAUUCUCGAGUCCAAACUCAUUGAAUACAAGGAAUCUGACGUGGAUCAUCAGAACCAGAUCGAGUACUUGACAGAGAAGAAAGAUGAUCUGGACAUGUUAAGAAGAAAGCUCGGCGUUGAAAAGGAAAAACACUACAAUAGCAUGCAAGAAACUCAAAGGAUCACACUGAACGGAUUGCAGACCGGUUUUUGUACAGUUUUUGAGUCCUUGGUAGAAUUCUCCAAGGCAUCCCAAAAGAUGUACAAUGAUCUUGUGAAUUGCAGUGAGAACGCUGCGAAAGCUGGAAAUCAAUCAUAUAUAGAAGAUGCAAAGGUUGAACAAAAUAGCAGCAGAUGACUUAGGGGUACUUGUGGCAGAGAUAUUUGGUGAAGAAUUGGGUUAUGGAUUGUCUUGUGGAUUUGUACAUAUAAUGUAUCGAAGCAGCUCGCUGAGACACAUUUAUUCGAACUGGUUAGGUUUUUGGAGUGUUGUAGCCAUGAUUUGUGACUGUUAUCUAGACAAUUAUGGACACUCAAA